CGGUAAGCCACACGACAGCUGUGAAACGCCUCGGAAAUAUUUGCUGUUGGCCGAAAGCAUAAACUUUAUUUGAUAAUAUUGCCACAAACAAAACAUGCAGCGCGAAGAAAAACAUUUUGAAAUGACGCUAGAUGCGGUCGUGCAGCGUCUUACCGAUCUGAAGUUGGCGGUACUCUCUAUGAUACAGAAACUGGAAAUGGAGUACAUGGACAUCAAUUGGCCAACGUUCCUGGAUAACUUUGCCAUCAUUUCAAGCCAUCUAACGGGUCUGACUAAGAUCUUGGCCAAGGAGCAGUGUCCACCGUUACGAAAUCGCACCGUGCUGCCGCUGCUCGUUUCCAUGGAUCGCGACGAAACGCUGGUCAACAUCACGGAAGGUCGUGUGCCGGUCUUUUCGCAUGACAUAGUGCCCGACUAUCUGCGCACACGACCCGAUCCCAUUACAGAGCAGAAGAUGCAGCAGAACGAACAGAAGGCGGCAAACCUAACCAACGACGCGGCCAUGAAGCAGGUUACACAGUACAAUAAGGUCGUGUCUCACGUAUUGGACAUGGUGAGCAAAGCGCGCGAAGAGUGGGAGAUCGAGUCCAGCUCACGUACAGGCAUACAACAGACAAGCAGCAUGGCGGACACACAGCUGCUGGUGGCGACAGUUGGCAUGGGCAAAGGUCUGCAAUACAAAGCGAACUACGGACCAGGACCGGGACCUGGCAUGAUGGUGCCUCCAUCGAUUCGCGGUCCCACGCCGCCCAUGGGCGGGCCAUCCAUGAGUCCGGGCAAUGUGCAACAGCAGCUGGGCAAGGCUCCGUCGGCGGUGAAGACCAACAUCAAGUCGGCGAACCAAGUGCAUCCGUUCUCUCGGUAGCAAAAAUCAUAAUUUAU